CUCGGCCGACCCGGCAACGGGCAUGUCAUUGCUGCAUCUGGUCUGCGCCGCGAGCGGAGGCAACUCUGGCACGGCUACGCCGCCAGUCUUGCAAGGCGUCUGCCACCACGCGUCGCCCCCGAGCUCGGAUGUGCCGCAUGAACGCACACCCGAAGUGUGCGCAUUGGUGGUGCAAGAGCUGCUUCGCGCUGGCGCUUCGCCCACCCAGCUGGACUAUUCCGGGCAGUUGCCACUGCACCUGGCCUGUGCCGCUGGAAACGACGCCGUCGCGCUUGCGCUGAUUGAAGCCGAUCCUUCGCUGGCCACGUCCAUGGCCUGCACUGCCGACUGCCGAGGCUCGACGCCGCUGAUGGUUGCCAUCCGCCAUGGUCGCACGGAGCUGGCCUUGAACUUGCUCGAGCGUCACAUGUCGCAGUCGCUCUUGAUCAGCCAAGACCGCAAGAACUGGACUGCCCUGCACUGGGCUUCUGCCCUGAACGCCGUCCCAGUCAUGCGCGCGCUGUUGACGGCGCAUGCGCCCAUUACUGGCCUGACCAGCACGGGCAAGACUGUCCUGCACCUGGCCGCGCUGGAGGGCCACAUUGAAGCAUGCCGCUUGCUGCUGCAUCACGGCGCGCUCGCCAACGUGGUCGAUCCAGAGGGCCACACGCCCGCCGAGUGCGCUCGUCUUCGCGGCUGGACAACCUGUGCGUCCGUGAUUGACUCCUUGGCCCAGACUUCGCAAGGUGCGCCCAAGAAGCGCGGACAUCGCUCCAUCCACGCCCCCGUUGCGCAACCGCACGCUGCAGCAGCAGUUCACGCUGCCCACGCUGCGGGCCUUGCUGACGCUCCGUCGGGCCUGCCCAGCAGCACAUCCAACUCGCCGCCCAUGUCCAUGUCUGCAUUCGAACCCAUCGUCAAUCCGGGCCAGCUGGGCUUGUCCGCCAUUGCCGAUGUGUCCCCCGCAUCUUUGAGCCACACCAACCGCUUCCACUCGCCGCCGCUCACCGACGACUCCCCUUCGCCCUCCGGAGGCGCGUCCCCGUCCCUGGUUCUGUCGUCCGGCAUUGCCGUAGCGACCUUUGCCCCGCAAGACUUUAGUCUCGACAUGGAAGACCUGCAGGCCGAGUCCAGCAUUUAAGCUUUUCGCUUUUUCUCUUUUCUUUUUCUUUUGUUUGCACUUGUCUGCCGUUUGGUUUUCAGCUGUCGUUGAUCGAGCUGAUUUUUCAUUCAUCACGGCAGUUCACCAUUUGAUAGUUUGCGUUCCCUUUCUGGCCACUAGAGUUUAGUUUGUAAAUUUCUUGGUCGUUUCAUGCUAUGUUACUCUCUUUUGUCGAUUAUUACACUUGUUUUUGUUU